CAAGCCAUAGCUAAUCGCCCAUAGAGAAAGCAUUUUCUUCAUGGAGAAAGUGGUUUACCUUUCCGCUGCGGUUGUUUGAAAAAGCGCAUGGUUCUGUUCUACCCUGUUCAAAUUUGUUUCUUGAAGGCGUUAAGUGAUUCCAGGUCUUUGCAUCAGAUCAUGCUGAUGUUGUAAAACAGGCGAAGUUUGUGAAAAAUGCCGACGACGCGAAUGUAUGUAUUUUAGCUUUUUAGUUCGCAAGUUGAAUUCAGUGAUAAGUUUCCCGAAGCAAGUGAACGAAUUCGCCUGCGCCUAUCAUGGCAGCUACAAGAGAGCGCCGUGUCAAUGCCGGCAACAAGCUGGCCCAGCUACUUAAUGACGAAGAUGAAGCUGACGACUUCUAUAAGACCACCUACGGAGGCUUCAACGAUGAAGAAGAUGACAAGGAAUACGAAACUGAGAAUGAUGAAAGUGAUGUGGUGGACUCAGACUUUGACAUUGAUGAACGAGAUGAGCCAAUAUCGGAUCAGGAUGAUGAAGAUGAGGGAGCUAAACGUCGGCGGAGAGUGGUCACCAAGGCUUAUGUGGAGCCUCUUUCAGAAAAGAAGCGGAAACGGACUGUGGAAAAAAAGCAACAGAAAGCAGAGAAACCAGCAAAAAGACGCCGCACUCAAAGCUCCGUUGACAAGGAAGACAGCUCAGCACUGAAUGCCUUUCCAUCGGCUGAGCGCAAGUCAGUGCGGAGGUCCACCCAGGCCAAGAGCCAGGAAACGGAGCGCAGGCGGCAAGCUCACGAGGAGCAACGCAGGCAGCGGCACCCACGAAAGUCUGGCGCAGAGCACUCGUGGCAUCCGACUCAGGAGGAGCUGCUUGAGGAGGCCAAGCUUACAGAGCAGGAGAACUUGCGCUCUUUAGAGUCGUAUCAAAGACUCGAGCUGGAGAAGAAAAAAGCCAAGAUUGUCAAGAACACGAAUCGAGGCCCCAUGAUACGUUACCACUCCAUCUCCAUGCCGCUUAUUGAAGAAGUGGAUGUAGAAGGACCCGUUGCCUCAACGGCGCGGUGUUCCCGCAAUUUUAUCACAUUCCCAGAUGAAUCCACCCUGAAGGAGCAUUUUCCCGGGGGCCGGCCCAAGCCAGCAAACCGCAGUGUGUGUCCCAUCACGCGUCUGCCGGCACGCUAUUUCGACCCCGUCACGUUAAUCCCUUAUGCCAACCUGCAAGCUUUCCGAGUGCUUCGUGAAGCGUACUAUGCACAGCUGGAGCAGAAAGGUGAUGUUCGCCAACCAGAAGUGGCAGCUUGGGUCGAGUGGCGCAAGCGGAAUCGGGCCCAAAGAGCAGCACUUGCCAGUGCAAAUAAAGCUGCUGCUGCCGCUGCUGCCGCCGCAGCUGCAACAUGAAAACGUGUUGUUGUACAAGUACUGUUGUAAAGGUGUUUGAUACGGAGUUGUUUUGUUUAUAAAAAUGAAAAUGCUGUA